AUGCUCAGGGACCCUCCAGCGUGGCCCCAGCCACCGCAGCUGGCCCAGGAGCGUCUCUGGCCAAACCCCGUGCGUCACGGCUGCUUUGGUGGUGGUGCUGGCAGCGCUCAGCUCUUCGGAGCCAGCCCGGAGUUGUACGGCAGCCAGACCCUGGGGCUUCCCCGCCGCCGCAGCCCGCCGGCUUUGAUCUCCCCGCUCCUCGCUGGGUUUUCCUUCCAGCUGCUUCGGAUCAGGAAGGUUUGUACUGGGGGAAAAUUCCUGCGCGCAGCUGCAGCCCGUCCAGGCCACAUUCCCCAGCCCCGGCAUCUCGCGGGACGCGCCUCCCUCCCGCCGUCUGCCGGGAAAUGCCGCCGGCCCCCUCCACCGAAAUCGCCACACAAAGCACCUUUCUUUCGGGGGCUGCUCACGUCCAGUGCCGGGGAGACAAACCCCUGUGUUGUGGCGAGGGGGAAAAGCCCCUCGAAAAGCCCCAUAUUCACCUCCCCCCACCUCUCCUUGCAAUUCGGGUAUCUGCAGAUGAAGUGGCCGCUGCUGGACGUACCCGCCGGUGCCACGCUGAAGGACAGCCGCUCGCCCUCGCCCGCACACUUGUCGAACAAGGUCCCGGUGGUGCAGCACGCCCAUCACAUGCACCCGCUGACCCCGCUCAUCACCUACAGCAACGACCACUUCUCACCAGGCUCGCCACCUGGCCACCUCUCGCCGGAGAUCGACCCAAAGACGGGGAUCCCGCGGCCGCCGCACCCAUCGGAGCUGCCCCCCUACUACCCGCUGUCGCCAGGAGCCGUGGGGCAGAUCCCGCACCCGCUGGGCUGGCUCGUGCCACAGCAAGGACAGCCCGUGUACUCCAUUCCUCCUGGUGGCUUUCGGCACCCCUACCCUGCCCUCGCUAUGAACGCCUCCAUGUCCAGUUUGAUGUCCAGCCGUUUCUCCCCGCACGUGGUCCCACCGCCAACCCACGGGCUGCACCCCUCGGGCAUCCCACACCCGACCAUUGUCUCGCCCAUCGUGAAGCAGGAACCCACCCAGCCCAGCGUCAGCCCUGGAGGCAACUCGAAAUCUCCCAUCACUGUGAAGAAGGAGGAGGAGAAGAAACCCCACAUCAAGAAGCCGCUCAAUGCCUUCAUGUUGUACAUGAAGGAGAUGAGGGCCAAGGUGGUGGCAGAGUGCACUCUGAAGGAGAGUGCUGCCAUCAACCAGAUCCUGGGCAGACGGUGGCACUCGCUGUCGCGGGAGGAGCAGGCCAAGUACUACGAGCUGGCGCGGAAAGAGCGGCAGCUGCACUCCCAGCUCUACCCGACGUGGUCGGCGCGGGACAACUACGGCAAGAAAAAGAAGAGAAAGCGAGAGAAGCUGGCCCAGCAGCAAAGCCACGACAUGGAGGGUUCCCUGGCGUCCAAGAGCAAGAAGCCUUGCGUGCAGUACCUGCCAGCCGAGAAGCCCUGCGACAGCCCUGCCUCCUCCCACGGCAGCAUGCUGGAUUCGCCCGCCACACCGUCGGCUGCCCUGGCCUCUCCGGCCGCGCCGGCUGCCACCCACUCGGAACAGGCUCAGCCCCUCUCGCUCACCACCAAGCCGGAGGCCAGGGCUCAGCUCACCGUCCAUUCGGCUGCCUUCCUCUCCAGCAAAGCCGCCUCUUCUUCCUCCUCCUCCUCUUCAUCUUCCUCCUCCUCGAGCCUCAGCAGCCCGCCCUCGCUCCUCUCCAGACCCAUCCCCUUCACCUCGGUGCCCUCCACGGCUCUCCUGUCCUCGCCUCCGUCCUUCGCGGCCACCAUCCCGUCUCCGCAGGCUGCCCUGGCUGUGCUGCAGACGCAGCCCCUUUCCCUGGUCACCAAACCUGCUGACUAAGGGAAAAAACUCAUCUCCCCUCACCCCGUCCCAUCCAUGCCCUCCCUGCUGUACAUUGCAGAAGCCACAAUCAAGAUUCAAAUGCAGCCAAAACCAUUAUUGGUCAAUAUUUGACCCUUUCUGAACUGUUUUGUAAGCAGACUCUGGAGGAGGGGGAUUUCUGCUCAGAGCUGCUGCCAGCAGUCGACCUAAAGACCAUUUUUAUUAAAAAAAGGAAAAAAAGGAAAAAAAAAAAAAAGAAACCCACCACAAGCUGCCAACAAUGGAAAUCUCCCAUGAGCCAAACAUGGGCAUGAGCCGAGUGUCCGUUGCUGCCGCAGGGCAUGGUGAUGCCGAUGGCCAGUGCUGCCAUGCACAGGCACGCCGGCACCCAACGCGGCAGGCGUGGAGCUGGGGCCGUUGCUCCAUCCCGGAGGCAAGAGCAGAAACGCCGGCUGCUGACCCGGUGCCUCUGGAUGAUCCCAAAUCCUCCCGUCCCGCGGCUCUGCUCCUCACCACGGUGAUCACCCUUUGCUCUGUCCUGGCGAGGAGCCGCAUCCUGCCCUGAGGAUGCUGCGCCGUUGGCCCUGCUCCUUCCUGCGGUCAUGCUGGGGUGGGCAGGAUCUGGGGCUGAGCCCUGGGUGGGUUUUUAUUUCCCCCUUGAAUCCUUGUUAUUUUUCACAAAAGGAAAUAAAACUACAGCUGCAA